GCUGAUGGUAGAACAAUGGAAGUGAUGAACCAGCAGCAGAUGACGCCAAACACCACUGUACCCCCUCCCGUUGUGCCCUCGCAGAAUCCGCGGAUGGCCAUGAUGAAUCUAUCCAGUGCCAUGACGGUGCAGCAGAAGCAUCAACAGAAGAUGCGUCUCCAACAGAUCCAGAUGGAAAAGGAGAGGAUUAAACAUCUGCAACAGGAGCUCAUGAGACAGGAGAAGGCACUGUACAAUCAGAUUCCCAAUCAGAUUCCAAUUGAAUCAGAUAACAUCUCCACAGCCCAGAAUGCAGUCUCUACACCGACCAUGACACAGGAGAUGCAUGCCAUUACAAACAAUGGCUCCGAUCCCUUCCUCAGCAGUGGACCAUAUCACUCACGGCAGGCAAGUGCAGACAGUGGCUUAGGAUUAGGAAGAACACCUGAAGAUUUUCUGGGUCAUGUGGAAGAAAUGGAUACAGGAGACAUGGGGCAGACCGCUAUGACAGCAAAUCAGCCCAGUCGCUUCCCUGAUUUCCUGGACUCCCUGCCUGGAACCAAUGUGGAUCUGGGGACUCUGGAAGGCGAGGAUCUGAUGCCAAGCCUGCAGGAGCCCUUCGGGUCAGACAUCUUGCCCGAUGUGGAGUCUAGCCUCAAUCCGAAAGAGACUUUCCUCACUUGGUUGUAAGCACUCGAGGAAGAAGGAAGGAAAGAAAGAAAACAAAAAUAAAAAUCGAGACAAAAGUUACCUUUUCUGCUUGGAUCAGAGGCAGAUUGCCUCAAGUAGCGCUUUUUUGUUUGCCUGAUGACUCUUACACUCCCCUGACACCCCAAAGUGGUAUAUGCUUGUCAUUUAAGUAAAGAAAAGGUGGCUAGCAGAACUUUAUAUGAACUAUAUUCUUGAACUAUUUCAAUUUCUUUGACCUUCCAUGUAUUCAUGGGGUUAAUUGCUAGUAGAAGAUCAAAGAUUUCACUGCUUAUCCUAUUUUGCAUGGCAAAUCGGAUGAUUUCUUGGUCCAUUAUUAUUAAUAUUAUAUUCUUAGCAGCCAAAAGGAAGAUGAAAAUGAACCAAAGAGACUGGCCACUCGUGUUUAUUUGUGUGUGUAAUAGCACAUGACUGGAGUCUGUUUGGUUCAAAUUUGAAAGCAACACAUUGGGGAAGGUGGGGCUGAAGGGGGGGAUGUUGUUAAUCAAAUAGUUGUGGUGACAUUUUAUCAGCAAAAUGGAAGUGAUACCAAACACUUACCGGCUAUUUAAUACAAACAGAGCUUUAAAAUUUGUUUGUACUGUUCUAGAUCAAAAUGUACAAAGAAUGUCCAGGCUUGGAGUUUUGUCACCGUGGCAAUGAUUAGUCGCCAUUUGCACAUAGGGGAACUAUUGUACUCUUAGUGGCUCGUGCUGCAGUUCUGUAUUACUCAAUUACAUGCUAUUACUUAAUUCUCAUGGCCUAGGUGCCCAUAUUGGCAGCAAAGGCGGAUGCAGGUCUGCCACAUUCCCAUGGCAUUCCUUUCUCUGCUAAAUUUAACAGAAUUGCUAAACCAUUUAAAGCAAACAGCUUUUAGUGACUCUGUCCAAAUAGCGGUCAGGGGAACGUGUAAUGGGUCCCUGAAUAUCAUCACAGCCAUUAGCUUCUAAACUCAUAUCUUUCAAAGGCUUUGAGAUUAUAACGUAGAUAAAUAUAACUGUAUACCCUCAUAGUUUGAUAUGUUACAAUGUUAUGUUCUGUAAAAAUAGAUUUUGCAAACAAAAAAAAACUACCACAUUUUUAUUGAGUGGCUACUUAGUUCUUUUUUUUAAAAAAACCUUUUUUUUUUAAUUAUUAUCAUAUUGAAACUUGGAUUUUAGAUUUUUAUCAUGUCAAGUACUCAAAUUGUUAUACUUUAAAAAGAAAGUGACAAUAUCCUUUCUUUUCUGUUGGUAAUCAGGUGAGAAUUUGGAGUAAUGGAAGUGGUAAGGUUGCAAUGGAUUGGGGUGGGUCAAGUUCAGGGUGGAAUGAGUUGGCUUGUGCAAGGUAGGAGUGGAAAGGGAAUGAUGCAAAAUGCUGUACUGAAGGGCCAUAGAAGGAUGCCCCUAUUGUAACAUAGUGCUUGAUGGACAGUACACAGGAAGCUGCCCGAUUCCAUUUGAUGAACAAGUAACUCCUUUCCCACAGAUAGAGACAGCACCACAUGCAAUUCACAGAGAUGGCAGGGGAGAGGAAUGCUGACCCGAAAGUAAAUGAAAUUUCGGCAAACAUUAAUCAAUGAUUGAAAUGAUAAAAGGUGAGGUUAGACAUGAUAGUGCAGCCUGUGCUCUGUAAAUGUGGCAAGUGGCAGCGCUGGAUGGAUAGAAUGACAUUAAAUGUCUGUGCCCAUUUUGUUGGCUGCUCUUUCUCUGGAUUCAGAUGGGCGUUCCAGCAUUCAGGUUCGGUGCCAGCUUUGGGUCUGGAGUUUACAGGCACCAUCUGGAACACCCCCCACCCGUCAUCCCUUCAUUUAGACAAACAAAACACAUCGAUGAGCGGUUUCAGAAAGGUUUUGGUAAUGGGAAAAGUAGAACAGAUGUUGAUGCAGAAUUGGAUGAGAGAAAUGAUGAGCUUCAUUCCCCCACAAGCCUCUAUACUUAGAUCCAGUUAAUUCUUGAGGCUUGUACGUGGGUCUGACUCCCUGGAACAGCCAACACUCUUGUGAAUAAAUGAGAUAUAUAAGCAUAAAAUGUUUCCUAAUGUGUGAAGGGGCAUCAGGUGACUGAGUGCUUGUCCCUGCUGAAAUAUCAUAUCGUGCACUUGCUGUUUGCUCAAGAUUCUCUUGCCCUGAUUGUGUGUGUUUUUAGAAUGUGGAGAGAGUGCUGUGUGUCAGGAGCCCAUUACAGUUGUGAAGGCUUUGAGUCAUAGAGCAAGGAGAAAGAGCAGUGGCCAUUGGUAAAAGUAACACUGAUGGUAGGAGGUCUACUCUGGACACUCACUUCAUUGUACCUGGUGGAGGACAGAUAGUGGUGCAUGGCCUGAAAGGGAGUAAAAAUAAUUCAGAAUAAGCAAACUCUCCUCAUUUCUUUAAUAUCAUUUUUAAUUUAUCAACAUCCUUCAGAGUUGGGGAGGCCUCUCCUUGUGGAAUUGGCACCGGUCUGGUUUUGUUUAUUUUCAAAGCUCGGAAUCUUAAUGUGAGUUGAAUGAAUUGCACUUUUAGCCCUUAUUCAUUGAGCAUUUUCCAUUUUGGCCAGAAUUCACACAAACCCACUGACUUUUUUUGGCUCCUUCACCAAAACCUUUGCUCAUGCUACAUCGAUAACAUCGCAUACUCAAACACGGGUUGUGAGAAGGAUCUUUGUAAUAGUUACUCAGAGACUGAGCCACUGAGGGAGUGGUGUCAACAACAAAAACAAAGUUGCUGGAAAAGCUCAGCAGGUCUGGCAGCGUCUGUGAAGAGAAAUCAGAGUUAACGUUUCGGGUCCUUCCUCAGAGGGAGUAGUGUCACUUGAGGUAGCCCUUGCCUUCAAAAUCUGCCUUGACCUCCUGGCUUGUGGUAGCCGGUCAAAGGAAUUGUCAUUUAUCCAAAAGGUUUGUCUGCAGUGGCCAUGACUUCACACCUAGUUUAGUGAAUGGAGUGCGAUAUUUAUCACAGACAAAAUCAUUGCACCGUCUAUAUGGAUAAUGAGGAACUGCAUGGAGGGGUAGAUUUGGAAAAUAGGAAUGCACAAGGGAACAGAUGAGAAAGCUGGAAUAAUAACAGCAUUUUAAAUAUUGGAGGACCUGCAGAAGAAGUACAGCUUGAAUGCCACUCAGGCAAGGUUUUCUUGCAUGUAGGCAUUCAAGCCUGUGUGAACCUCUUCAGCUUUAUGGAAUAAUUACUUAAAACGUGUUACUUCUAGUACAGUAUGAACCUUUCCAUAGAUAGCUUGAUCUAUUCAUACAGUGUGAAAGUGUAUCAUGUAUGUGUCCUUAUGUUUUGAAUCUGGGUUAUUUUGUACUGAAAUGUAUUGAGCAUUGCAUAUAGCAGGGUAUGCAUACAGAUUGUAUGUAAACAGUUCCGGUUUAAAUCCUUGAAGUCUUGUACAACAAGCUUUUAAAAAAAAAAUAAAUAUAAUUGGAUUUUAUCUUU